AUGGAGGAAAAUUCGAAUAUUACUGAAUUCAAUGAAAGUGUCGAAAUUACGCAAUUAAGCAAUACAAGUGCGAGCGAUAUAAAUCUGGAAGAAAAUUUUUCAAUGGAAAAAUUAUCGUUGCAUCCAAGCGAUUCAACUCAAAGUUCACUAAAUGACGAUAGUAAAUAUUCAUCCACGGAUGAAUUACCAAAUAAGGCUAUUAGUUAUAAAAGCGAAAUGUUGCGAAUGUUUGGCGAUUUGGAAGGCAAAGAUAUUAAAACAAUAAAAAAUGAAGAAAUUAACGAUCUUAUUGUGAAAGAUUCUGGUAUAGUCGAGAGGCAAAUUUCUCCUCGUUCCGACGAUAUUCCCAGUUACAAUCGGGGAUCAUCAGAUGGAAGCCAUAAAACUUUGCAGUUCUGCGAAUUCCACCAAGUUGACGAACAAGAAUUUAACGAAAUUGACGAACAACGAUUCGCUAAUGCGAAAUAUGAAGAUGGUGACGAAAAAAAUGCGAAUAACGACGAUUCUCAGUCGAUAGAAGAAUUAAAAAUUUCUGAAACGAAUAGUUCAGUUACGCAUUCUAAUGUGGUUUCCUUAAAAAAAAAAUUCGGAAUUCACGGAAAUUUAUAUUUACCACGUAAGGAACAAUCAAAUGAUAACAAUGAAACAAUGAAUAAAUAUAUCAAUGAAACGACGAAUAUUCAUGAAAAAUCAUCGAAGAAUCGUUCAAUUGAUAUACCAUCGAAUUUUUGGGAAGAAAAUAAGCAAAAUUUACGUCUUCCAAAACUUUUCCCAGAUCGUUCAGCGAUUGAUAAUUUAUAUGAUAUUUUAAUGAAAACCGAAGGCGAUAAUUCGAGAGACGAAAUAUUACAAAUAACGAUAAUCGAUGGCAAUCCAUGCAGUAUUAAUCUUGAAAAUAUUGAUAAACCGAGUGAAUCAAAUUCGAAUCGAGAUGGUAAUUUGCAAAUUGAUGAACAAUUAUUAGAAUCGUAUAUCGAUUUCGCUGGUAACACUUCAUCAUUCAACUGUAGUCAAGCUAUUGAGGCUAUUAAAGGCGAUUCGCAUGUUCUAAAAAAGAUGAUGUUUUCUCGAAUGUUCAUGGAUUUGAAACGAUUGGUCGGUGAACGAGAACGAACAAUAAUGUGGAUAGAGAAUGCUCAAAACGAAGAUUCUUUGAAAUUUCUUAGUUUUAAAAGUCUUCAUUAUCAACAAACAUUUAUAUGGAAACUAAAAGAAGCAAAAUCUCGUUUGGAUAAAAAAAUCAACGAUAUUUGGACUCGUCUAAUUGAUGAGAAAAAUAAUUCACUAAGUCCAGCGCAAAAUGAAUGGAUUCAUAGUGUUUCAUCAAGCAAUUUUUUACGAGCACGUGUUAGAUCUGAACCAAUUAUCACAAAUACUAAAGUAUGCAUAUUUGGCUUAUUUAUCUCAUCAUUUUUCUCAUUAUUCCUUGAUUAA